UUCAUAAUGACUGAAUCUACACAUCUUAUCUAUUUGCUUUUAGUCAAAUCCUUCCCUGCAAAUAGUAGUACCUCUUAGCUUUUAGUAAAAUCCUUUACAUUAUCUAAUACACACAGUAUGCUUGUUCUUAUCUAUCUUGCAAGUAGUUCAACAUGAGCGAACUGCUUAUGAGAGAAGACGGGAUAAACAAGUGGAGGAGAAUAUAAAGAAGAUGCAAGAUUUGGGUCUGAACAAAUAUACUUCUGUUCUAAAUAAUUCUGUCUCACCAUCUGCAUCAACAAAGGGGAAACAUGCAGCAAACAAGAUAAAUACUAGUUCAGAUUCGGAUUCAUAUGUCUCUUUCUAUCUCCUUGACGAUGAUGAUCAAGGAGAUACUGAUGAUGACAGUGAAUAUUAUGAGCAGCCAAAACCCCUGGCAAUGAAGUAUCCUAGAAGAGGUAGAAACACAACCCUUGCUUCAAAGAAGAAGAUAGACCCCAACAUGGCUCCAGGCAUUAGGUUCAGCAAGAGAGUGAGGGCAGGUGCACAACCAGAGGAGCAAUCUUCAAAAAGGUUUCACUCUACAGAGAUAGAUGGCCACAAUGUACAGGAACCAACAGAUGGAAAUGAUCACAUACCAAACAGCCCUACUACACCUGGACUUGCUGAUCAUUUCAGCAGAGCUGCAGAGGAAGCCAUGGCAUCUGCUUGCAUUACUGAUUCUAUGGUUCACUUGUAUACUGCUUAA